AAAUGGUGCCACUAGCUAUCAAGUAGCACAAGAGGCCUUCCUUUCUCUAAAGAGAGAGAGAGAGAGAGCUAGCAAGAUGCCUCAGCCGCUGAUGUGGCCUGCCUGCCUCCACCCCUCCUCCACCAGACCACCACCAGCGCGUCGCAUUUGCCGAGGAGAUUUCAAUGGCGGCGUCCACUGCUUCCCGCCUCUCGCCACCUCGCAUCCACGUCUCUCCCCCUUCUACUCUUCCUCCACUUCGUCGCUUGCGAUUCUCCCCUGUUCGCGCCGCCAAGUUGGAAGCUGCGUUAUCUAUUGGUACCCAUCUAAUCCCGCACCCGAGAAAGGCUGCGAGUGGUGGAGAAGAUGCUUUAUUUGUCAAUAGUGAUGCUCACGGAGUAUUUGCCAUCGCAGAUGGCGUUUCAGGAUGGGCAGAAAAGGAUGUCAAUCCCGCUCUGUUUUCUCGAGAGCUCAUGAGAAACAGCUCUAAUUUUCUCAAAGAUGAGGAGGUCAAUCGUGAUCCUCAGAUUCUUCUAAUGAAAGCUCAUGCUGCAACUUCUUCUGUUGGAUCUGCAACAGUAAUCAUCGCAAUGCUUGAGAAGACCGGGACUCUAAAAAUUGCAAGUGUGGGAGAUUGUGGUUUGAAAGUUAUUCGGAAAGGCCAAGUAAUGUUCUCUAUAUCCCCUCAAGAACAUUACUUUGACUGUCCAUAUCAGAUAAGCUCUGAGGCAUCUGGUCAAACAUAUCAGGAUGCACUGGUUUGCAGUGUAAAUCUUAUGGAGGGUGAUACGAUUGUGAGUGGUUCAGAUGGACUUUUUGACAAUAUCUUUGAUCAAGAGAUUAUUUCCGUCAUUUCUGAGUCUCCAGGCGUAGAUGAAGCUGCAAAAGCAUUGGCGGAGCUUGCAAGAAAACAUUCGGUGGAUGUCAACUUUGAUUCACCCUACUCAAUGGAGGCCCGGAGCAGGGGUUUCGAUGUUCCCUGGUGGAAGAAGCUGCUUGGAGCCAAACUAAUAGGUGGUAAGAUGGAUGACAUUACAGUCGUUGUCGCACAAGUGAAGACGGUGGUGGUCCCAGAUGAUGAGGUUGGUGAUGUAGAAGAACAGGUAGGGAUUGAACAAGGUAGCGCUUCUGCGGAUCCAUCAGCUGAACAAAAUGAAGAAUGACAGGGAGCUAAACUGUGUUGGUCACGCACCGUCCGUUUAUUUUCUGUAUGGUGUAUCAUACUGCACAUAAAGCAAUUGAAGCAAAGUACGCUUGACCAUUAUCUGAAAAAAAUGGAUAUGUACAGACAAUAUAAUGUAAUGUACUCCUAAAAAUUGGGUUCAAUAUCCUUAAAAAAAUGGGUUCAAUA